AUGGUGAGAGUCGUCAAUCUUGAUGAAGAUGGCUGUGAAGAUGAAACACAGGAUCGAAGCGACGGCACGGUGGCGACAUCAUCCUACCAAGACGCCGCCAGCAGUAGACCAAAUCCGAACUAUGACCUUCUCUUCUCGGCUGCCUUGUCAUGCUAUCCUGUGAUAUCAUCAAUCGCCAGUAAUGUGGACUUGACAACACUCCACGAGCUCUCGCGAACUUGUCGCCAGGCUCGAGCAAAUCUGCUUCAAUAUCGGACGACCCUCAAAGAACAGACACUGAGAUGUGCGAACGAGAACGCCCAUCCAGCUGCACGUCUCGGCGAUGCUCUGCAAGCCAGCUAUCAGCAAUGGACGAGCUACGCGCGAACGGGCGAGACGAUUGAUCGUGUCUCUGGUGGCAGGAACUGCGUGAUGAAGCAGCCGACCCCGAACGUCCUCAAAGGCCGAUUUAGGAGGCUGUGCCGCAAGUGCAUGAAAAGCAACAUCGAGCCUCAUACACUGGCUGCCAAGCCUGCAGACGAGGAUGUGGAUAGUCACGAGAAGCUCGUCCGAUCUCCAUGUACCUGCGACGAGAUCCCGUGGAUCUGCCGACCAUGUGGUCAGACUCUUCGAACCACAGAUACAACAUACAUGCGCGGGUGGGCAUGGCGCACGAGGUACGGGGCUUGCGGGGGCAUCGGAGCUGGUCUUGGUGAAGGCAAUGAGGGUGUGGAGUGCGGCCGCGGCGGCGCUUGCCUCAAUGCCAGGAUUGUUGAGAAGGAAGUCGAGUUAGACCCCAAAGAGCUCGCGGCACUGGAGGUCGAGAUGGAGAAGACUGGUCUUGAUGCAAGGACUUUCACAGGCAAUAGUUUCUUGACCUGCGAGGUGGUCGGGAUCGGUGGCACAGUACAGCGAAAGAUCAAAAAGAGUAUCUUGGUUGGAGCCAUUGUGAAGGAGUACGAAGACGAGCGAGCGACGUCAAAGUUUCUACAGCGGGAACAAGAUCGUCUGAACAGGAGCUGGUGCUCAUGGUGUGAUCGAGUGGUGCUAAGUAAGAAAGACGCUGACCAGCCUGCAAGAAGCACAGAUAGCGUUGCGUCGAGCAGCUCUGAAGGCUCGAUAUAG